AUGGAUGUAGAUCCAAAUCUAGCAUAUCACUUGACUCUUCUUGAAGACUCCGAUGACCACAGUGACGAAGUCGUGCUAGCCCCUGUCUUUACGGGCCCAGUCCUCAAUCAAUCCGGCCAGAUCCCAUCCCAAUUUGCCCUAUUGGGAGGGUUGAAGAGAGUUCAAGCACCAGGUUUUCCAACUCCUCAGAACCAGCUUAUUGAAAAAGAUCCACGACUGUUCUUCAAUGUUUCAUCGCCAUCGAGCACCUUCAUCUGCGGUUCUCAGGGGUCGGGUAAAAGCCAUACCUUGUCUUGCAUACUGGAGGGCGGCUUGAUCCCCUCUAAGGCUGGUAGACUUCCGAAUCCCCUAACGGCUGUCGUAUUUCACUAUGACACUUUCAUCUGCGAUAACGGCGGUUCUCCUUGUGAGGCUGCAUUCCUCGCGUCUCACUCUCAGAUUAAUGUCAGAGUUUUGUGUGCCCCAACAAACAUUAGGACUAUACGAGGGACCUACGCAAGGUUCAAUAUCAAGGUAGAGCCUUUGCAAAUAGAUCAGGCCAAUCUGAAUACCAAGCGCAUGCUAGAUCUUAUGGCAGUGGGCCAAGAUCAGGGGUCAGUACCUUUGUACAUGCAUACUGUCCAGCGUAUUCUCCGGGAGAUGCGCUUUUUGCAGCAAGAGCACGCAUCCAAAUUCGAUUACCAAGAGUUCAAAAAGCGAGUUCUUGGUUCUGAUCUUCUUCCUAGUCAACUUGAGCCCUUGAAGCAACGCUUAGAGACGCUGGAGAGCUUCAUGCCUUCCCAUCAAGCAAAACCAGCGAGUGGGAUAAAUAAGAAGAACGGAAAAUCCCAAGCCGCAAGCUCGAGCUGGGCACCGGAGCCAUCACAAUUGACGAUCGUUGAUCUUUCCUGUCCGUGCAUCUCACCUGACACGGCGUGUUCUCUGUUCAAUGUUUGCUUUGAAAUAUUCAUGGAGCAGGACACAAAGGUUGGCCGAAUAGUUGCACUCGAUGAGGCUCAUAAAUAUAUGAAAGACUCAGUUGAAGCGCGGAGCUUUACAGAUACCCUUCUUUCAACUGUCAGGUUGCAACGCCACCUUGGGGCGCGCAUCCUUAUUUCCACCCAAGAGCCGACAAUUUCAAGCGACCUCCUCAGCCUAUGCUCGGUUACCAUUGUCCACAGAUUUACCUCGCCAGCAUGGCUACGCGCACUGCAAGGGCACGUGGCUGCAGCAGCUUUGGGGACACAGUUCAGUGAGGAAGCAGCGACCACCAUUGAAGAAGAAUCAGUCAUGCCCGAGGUAUCAGGCAAGCUAUCAUUGUUCUAUCGGAUUGUAAACCUUCGGGUGGGUGAGGCCUUGCUGUUCUGUCCUGGUGCGGUACUGGGUACUGCAGCAGAAAGUCCUAGCUCUCCAGACCUCAGUAGAUUGGGUGCUGGAUAUCUAGUAAUCAGGAUUCGGAAACGAUUGACGGAAGACGGUGGAAAAAGCGUUAUAUCAUUGUAG